AUGCCAGCAAGUCGUCGCGAGCGCGCCAUCGCCAUAACCCGGCACCUCAACACCUUCGACAUUGACGCCAUCCGCGCGCUGCUCUCCGACUCCCCCGACUUCCAUUUCCAGUUCGGCCCAGAAUCGGCGCUGCAGGCGUUGGGUAAGCCGGGAGGCUUCACCAAGGACGAGGUGCUUGAAUUCUUCACCAAUCACCAGAACAUUGUGAAAUCCUUCAAUUUCCUGGAGCCUGACUUUGUGGUCGAGGGCAGUGAUAGUGUGGCGUAUCACACCAAAUCCGACGUUCGUGGGCCAAUUCCGAGCAGAAAGGAACGGCUGACUUAG